AUGGUCGCGGGAUACGAUGUUUUCAAGCAAUCCUUGGAAGUUCGUAAGCACAUCGGUUAUCUGCCCGAAAGUGUGCCGCUCUAUCCGGAAAUGACCGUUACCGGCUACCUCAAGUUUGUAUCAAAGAUUAAAGGUGUGCCGCGAAGCAAGCGUGCCGAGCGAUUGGAUGUAGCUAUUGAAUCCUGUAGUUUGACCGAGCGGCGAGGUCAGAUUAUCGGGCAGCUGUCCAAGGGCUAUCGUCAACGGGUCGGCUUGGCGCAGGCACUGAUUCAUGAUCCAGAUGUCAUUGUUCUCGACGAACCUACAGCCGGACUCGAUCCACGGCAGAUUAUUGAAUCCGUGACUAAUUAA